AUGGAAGAUGCCAUGAAGUCUCUUUUGGAGUAUGGUAUCCCUAAUACGACAACCGGACUCCUCUCUAACAUUGUCAGGCCACCUGUCACUGCUCAACACUUCGAAUUGAAGCCACAGUUCAUUCAAUUCAUCUCUAAUGAUUCAUUUGCAGGCACACCACAUGAUUGCCCAGACAAGCUAGUGAAGGCCUUCUUAGUGAAGUUUUUGGGACAUGAGAAGACUGCCAGGUUGAGGAACGAGCUAUCCACCUUCCGACAAUCAGAUGACGAGUCUCUCUAUGAGGCUUGGAGAAGGUUCAAGAGGUUACAGAGACAAUGCCCUCAUCACGGUAUCCUAGAGUGGCUGUUGAUUCAAACCUUCUAUAAUGGCCUAACCCAUGAGUUCCGAAUCUACAUUGAUGCUGCAUCAGGGGGUUCUCUCUUGACAAAGAACCCAACUGAGGCAAAGGAGCUGAUUGAGAAGAUGGCAGCCAAUGAUAAUUAUCAUCUAGGAGGUCGUCAGAAUGUGAAAAAAGGAGGUAAGCUUGAUGUAGAUGCUUUGACUAUGUUAGCCAGUUCUGUGCAGGCACUAACAAGCAGGUUUGAUAAGUUCCAAGCUGGAACUUCUACUAGCCCACCGGAGGUUUGUCAAUUGUGCAAUGUUCAGGGCCACAUCGCACCGGAUUUCCCGCAGAAUAUGAGUGAGAUGUCUAUUGAACAAGCCAAUGCUUUCUACUCUUCGAAUUCCAAACAGUCUUUUGAUCCCUACUCCAAUUCUUACAAUGAAGGUUGGAAACAACAUCCCAACUUCUCUUAUAAGAACACCCAAGGACAACAGAACCCACCAUCACAACCAUCCCUAUCCAACAACUACAACUCACCACCCGGUUUCCAACAAAGAACACCUAUGAACCAACAACCAACGCAACUACUUCCCCAAAAAUCUAGCCUUGAGUUGAUGAUGGAGAGCUUCAUUACCACAACAAAUAGUGCCAUCCAACAACAAGGUAGCUCCAUCCAACAGUUGCAAGCCCAGAUUUUCUUGAGAAGAGAUGAACCAUCUCCGAGGCAAAUAGGUGAGAAGGUGUGCAGUGUGGAGUCUAGGAAAGAUGAAAGGGGCAAAGAUGUUCAAGGCCCCAAAUAUGUUGCUCCACCGGCUUAUGAGGAACCAUUGCCUUUCCCGCAAAGGUUGUCAAAAGCCGUACUCGAUAGACAUUUUGGGAAAUAUUGCGAAGCCCUUGAGAAGGUACAUGCUUCUACUCCCUUUUCCGAUCUUUUAAUUCAAAUGCCUCAAUUUGCAAAUUUUGUGAAGACUAUGAAAGAUCAACAAAAUGAUAAGGAAGUAGUAAAUAAGAAGGGCCCUACUCUCUUAUAUGAUAACCUACCACCUAAGCUGCAUGAUCCGGGUAGUUUCAUUAUUCCCUGCACGAUAAACGAGAAAUUUUUCGAUAGGGUUUUGUGCGAUUUAGGUGCUGGUGGUAACUUAAUGCCUUAUUCAUUAUAUGAGAGUUUAGGCUUGCAAGGACUUAAACCUUCCCCUAUCUCUCUUCAAUUGGCUGAUAGAACCUCUAGACUCCCUAAGGGUGUUGUUGAAGAUGUAUUAGUUACGGUUGGCGAACUUGUUUUUCCUGUUGAUUUUGUCGUCAUGGAUAUGAAAGAAGAUCGUAAGAUCCCGAUCAUAUUUGGUCGACCAUUCCUCGCCACAAGUCAAGCCCUAAUAGAUUUUCCCGAAGGACAAGCCACCAUUAGGGCCCAGGAUAAACAAGUCAUGUUCAAGCUCUUUGAUGAACAUAAUUCUAUAUUUGAUGGUGGUACUUGCUUAAGAAUCGAUGCUACUAACCCUUUGUUUGAUAAGUAUGUAUUUGAUAGAAAUUUCGUGAGAAGAAAGGACAAAAUUCCACCCGAUGAUGUGCUUGGCCACAUAAAGGUGAGUUCGGAUAAAAGGCAGGCAAUCAUUCCCAUGGGCAACAUUGCGGAGUUCCCCUUUCGUGUGGUGAUCCCGGUUGAGCCAAUGAGUAUCACUACGGUCAAGCUAAAGACCUUAUAA